GUUUACUCUUUAAUAAUAUUUACUGUAAUAAUAUUAUACAUAUUCACUGAUGAAUUAUCAUCAAUAUUUACCGAUAUCAUCCCAUGUAACAAAGUUAAUUCUGGAAUUUGCUUAAAAUCUAAUGAUAUUAAUAAUAUUGAAAAUAUAAAUGAAACGAAUACGGAAAUAGAUACUCCAAUUUUAAUAAAACCUGAACCUCUACCGGUAGAACCUGUAGAUUCAGAAAGAUUUUUUACCUAUGUUCCACAUUCUGGUUUACAUAAUCAAAGGAUUGCUUUCGAAAAUGCUAUAUAUUUGGCUUGGUCUUUAAAUCGUACGUUAAUAUUACCUCCAUUAUUAUUAGGAAAACGUUUCGGUUAUACGGAUUAUGAUAUAAUGUUAAGUAGAUUACUCCCAUUAAAAUCCGAUAAAUCAAAUUUAGAACAAGAUUGUGUUCUAGAAAAAAAAAAUAAGCCAAGAAAAUUUAUUGAACAUUGUAUCGAUUUUCAUAAUUCAUAUAUGUUAACAACUUGGAAUCAAUUAUUUGAUCUAUCAUUCAUUGAAAAACAUGUUAGAAUAAUUUAUAAUCAUCGAGUAAAUAUACCAAAAUUAGUUCAUGAACAAUUAAAAAUAGAUGAUGAAGAAAAAGAUGUUUAUUAUGAUAAACUUUAUCCAGGUUAUCAUGCUUUCUUUGAAUCUUCAAUUCCAUCUGAAAAAGUUGGACAAAUCGCGGAUGGAAGAAUUCAAAAAUAUUAUAUUUUAAAUCAAUUUAAAAAUAAUUCACAAAAACUUUUAGUUUUUGCAAGUUUAUUCGGUCCUGGUACUUUUGUAAGACAAUCAGAGAAAAGUGAAGAUUUUUUUCAUGUAAUACAAAAAUCAAUUCUUCCUAAAAAUGAGAUUAUGUUAAAUGUUGUAAAAAGAAUUUCAGAUAAAAUGGGUGGAACUUUUAAUUAUUUAUCAUUUCAUGGAAGAGCUGGUGAUGGUCAUUAUAAACUUUUAGCAGAUGAACGUAUAGCGAAUGUGAUAAAUAAUCUUAGGAAAGAUAUGCCUGAUUUUAACAAAAUUAAUAUGAAUCUUUACAAUAAUUUAACUGAUUCAGAAAGACAUGAAUUAUGUUUUAAGAACAUUGAACUUUCUCCAAGAGCAAAAAAAUUUUCUCGAUUUACACGUAUUUUUAUUGCUAGUGAUGUACCAAAAUCUUCUCCUCCUUUACAAGUCAUAUUUCAAACAUUUCCAUGUGCUUACAUGAUGUCUGACUUUGAAGAGGAAUUAGAACCUUUAAAUCAAAUAAUUAAUACUGUUGAUAAACAAAAUAUGUAUAAAUUCAUUUUACCUUUGGUAGAUUUAAUGGUUGGGUCGAACGCGAAUAAACUUUAUACGAUGGGUAAAAGUACAUUUGCAAGUUAUAUGAAAAGAUAUCAUAAUCAUUUAGUAGAUGAAAGUAAAAAACAUUAGA